AUGGAGAAUACAAUGGAGGAGCUUCCAAUAAUAUUGUCCGAGAUGCUGCAGUUCCGCGUGGGAACGCCCUCAGUCGACAGCACCACAAUACUUAGAUCUGUUUCGUCAGAAAUGGACACCGAAUUGCCAGAAAAUUUGACUAGCGAUUGCACACGUUGCCAUAAAUAUAUGCGUUGUAACCCACUUUCGCCGCUGGCUUCCACUUUGUGGGCCAUACCUGUGCGCACCGCUCAAUAUGGGGCCUCAGAUAUGUAUGCUGGAGGUAUAAGGCCGCUGACAUAG